CCAUUCAAGAUUUCACAUGCUGUAACACUGCCACAAUCCAAAGAUCCACAAGUUUGAACUCUUCGUACUCUUUGAACUCUUCGCUUGCGUACUGGGAAUCAUGUCUCUGGAAGUCAAGGAAAAGACAGAGGUGCGAUUGGUGUUCAUGGGAGCGGCAGGUGUUGGAAAAACAGCCCUGAUUAAACGUUUCCUACAAGACAGCUUUGAGCCCAAACAUCGGCGCACAGUGGAGGAGCUCCACAGCAAGGAGUAUGAGGUGGCUGGAGUCAAAGUGACCAUUCACAUCAUGGACACGAGCGGAAGCUACUCCUUCCCAGCCAUGCGGAAGCUCUCCAUCCAGACUGGAGACGCCUUCGCCCUGGUCUACUCCGUGGAUGACCCCGAAUCGCUAGAAGCCGUCAAGAGCCUGCGCGAGGAAAUCCUGGAGGUCAAGGAGGACAAGUUCACACCCAUUGUAGUGGUGGGCAACAAGACAGACAGACUGCAUGAUCGAAGGGUGUCCACGGACGACGUGCUGGCGAAGGUGGAGCUGGACUGGAACAACUGCUUCCUGGAGGCCUCGGCAAAAGAAAACGAAAACGUGAUGGAGGUGUUUAAGGAGCUGCUCCAGCAAGCCAACCUCCCCAGCCGCCUCAGCCCGGCUUUGCGUCGUCGCAGAGAGACCUUUCCAAAGGACACAGGUCUACGGCCGCCUAUGAAUAAGACCAACAGCUGUUCAGUCUCCUAAAGCCGGCAAGAAAGAGACAAUUGAGAACGGCAAGGGUUGAGAUACUUCUCAUUGCAAAGCAAUGAUGUGGAAGGCUCUUUUAAAGCACACAAAGAUGCUUCUGUUACAUAGUGAAACUUCCCAUAAUCCUGCUCCAAAAUCAGCAUCCUCCGCAGUGAUGAAAGGAAAAGAGACAACGAUUUCAGACAAAGGGGAGAAUGAUCAAAAGACAAUGAACUGUUGCAUUUGUGCAAAGAAUCUUGAAUGUUUUGACAGUGAUAUUGAGUUCCUGAAGUUGAGUUGUGUAUUCUGUGUACAUCAACAUUUAAUCAUGUAUAUGUUACAAUAUUCUUACUUUAAUGCUUCAGCAUUGCAAUAUUGCAAUGUCGUAAAUGUUUACUGACAUAAUUUGACUGUAUGGCAUUCAUUGGUUUACAAAUCAUGACACCAACUAUUAAAGUCAUUGUCUAUUGUUCAGUUGCAUACCGUCAGAAUCUGUGCUUGACACUUUGAACAUGCACUUUUACUCUGUCGGAAACUCAUACAAUGCACUGAUUUCUUUCUUUUUUUGUCUUUUUUUGUGUAACUUGAUUUUUCUCUCUGUCUUCUUUUUUAUGUAACUUGUAAAUGAAAAAUAAAUUACUAAUUACACCUCAAAGGGUUCUGGCAGCAAUUAUGUUGAGAGAAUUUAAAAAUGUGUCAAAGCACAAUGCAAAAAAAAAAAAAAAAAAAGAUCUUUUUUCUAUCUAUAUAUAAGAAUUAGUGUU